AUGAAAUUUAAUGAACGUUUUUAGUUCUAAUCAAAGUAGGAGGAAAUUAAUUUAGAUAAGGAAGCUUCUGAUAUUGCUCAAAGAAUCAUGGAAAAGGUUCGAUAAAGAUCAAAAGCAAAGUCUGAUCAAAGGGAGUUGGCUUCUUAUUAUUAAAGAGCAAGUGAUUAUAAGUCAGGACAAUUGUUUCAAGACAAUUAAUUGGAAAUUAGAAGACAAUCUGAGAAGGUUACAAAAGGAACAAAUGAAUAAAUGGGAAGGAAACUAGAAAUUUUUGUUCCUGAGUUUAAAAUCAGCAAGGACAACAGGGCCCAAGAGAUGACUCGUUUAGAGAACCAAUUAAGAAUGGAAUACUUAAAAACCCCUAUAAAAAAUCAGCUUCAACCUAAUGGAUAAGGAUUUAAGGAUGCACAUUAAAAGACAGUUAAAUUAAAUAAUUAAGAAACUAUGGGUUUUUAGGAACAGAAGAUUGUGAAGUAGUUCUAAAUAAUUAAUGAUCAAACUAAACCAUCAAAUGGUCAAAUGGACUAACUGAGCAGUAAAAGAUUUUCAUCUCCCAAGCGUAACCACCUUAAACUAGAUAGUAAUUAACAGACUAAAUCUUCCUUGUAUUUGAAAACUACUUAAUUAUAAACACCUGCUUCAGUCUAAAUCUAAUAAUCAGACAUAGUUACCCAAUUAUUAGGGAGCUAAAAGAAGUAAAGCAGAAAUUAUCUUGAAUAAAUCACUAAACGAUGA